CCUGCACGUUUCAGAUCCAGACCUCGUGUGGUCCGCACCUGUCUCAUCCAGCCCACCCUCGCGACUCACGAUGCCGAAAGCCAAGGACGAGAAGGAGAGCAAGGUCAAGGCCUCCUCGCCGGGGAAGGCGAAGCCCGAGAACGGCAGCGCGGCCAGGCCGGGCUCGUGGCGUCCCGAGGACAAGCUCAAGAUUCUCGACGCCGUGCUCGCGAACGCCAGGGGCGUCGACUGGCACGCGCUCGCCGCCGAGAUGGGCCGCCCCAAGAGCCAGGUGUGGGACCAAUGGCGCAAGCUGAUGAUCAAGGACCUGCGCUCGCACUACGGUGGCACGUGAGGCGCAGCUCGGCGGCGCGCUUGACGGCACCUCGGCACAAUCGAUGUGCCAGCUCUCGACGUUGAAACGUGAGCCCGUC